UAUAGUGGGUUUGGCUUGCUGAGGAGGAGAAAGCGCGUUGGAGCCGAGCUCUGUAAGCGCGCGCACACACGCACGCACACACACGCACACACGCACGCACACACGCACACACGCACAUAGUUCAGGAGGAUUUCACUUUUUCUCUGGAAACGUGCUAUUCCUGCGAUGAUAAAGGCGCCGUUAAAUGAGUGAGAAAACAUCCAAGGAUUUGAGAAGAUUUCAGAACCCCAGGACUGGUUCGAGUGGCACGUUCAGGGUGACGUCGCACACCUUCCAGCAUGAGUCGUCCGUUUAACAGGAAAAAGGAUAAAUCAUGGAUGCAUACGCCCGAGGCUCUGGCCAAGCAUUUUAUCCCCUACAACGCCAAGUUUCUGGGGAACACAGAGGUCGAUCAGCCCAAAGGAACAGAGGUGGUGAGAGACGCAGUCCGAAAACUCAAGUUUCAAAGACAUAUCAAGAAGUCAGAAGGACAGAAGACCCCUAAAGUGGAGUUACAAAUCUCAAUCUAUGGAGUGAAGAUACUAGAUCCCAAAACAAAGGAAGUGCAGCACAAUUGCCAGUUGCACCGAAUAUCCUUCUGCGCAGACGAUAAAACAGACAAAAGGAUAUUCACGUUCAUCUGCAAAGACUCGGAAUCCAACAAACAUCUCUGCUACGUGUUCGACAGUGAAAAAUGCGCAGAAGAGAUCACUCUGACAAUCGGGCAGGCGUUCGAUUUGGCCUACAAGAAGUUCUUAGAGUCGGGAGGGAAAGACGUGGAAACGAGGAAACAAAUAGCAACCCUGCAGAAACGAAUUCAGGAGCUUGAGACUGAAAACUCAGAAUUGAAAAAACAGUUGCAAACGCUGGAAGAACAACUGCUCAUCGCUCAAGUUCCUCCUUUGCUUCACAUUAACUCUACUAACGAGACCUACAUGCUGCAGAGACCCUCGUCUCUCUUCUGGUGUCACAAUCUGUCCUUCUCCUGUGUAGAAAUCUCUUCUGUUACACUAACACCAAUGAGCUCUCCUGACUCCAGUGUGUCGGCUGGAGUUCUGACUCCUCCUCCCUCCAAACCUGCCUUGCCAAAGCCCCUGACUGGAGUCAGUCUCCCUCGGCCAAGAGGUGGAAACAACUCCAAAGCUCCCACAGAUAUUUUCGACAUGGUUCCGUUCUCUCCGGUGGCGCCUCUGGUUCCUCUCCCAGCCAGUAAUUCUUCACCUCCUCCUCCUCCUCCUCCUCCGGCGAAAGCGACCGAGAUCAGAAGGGACCUGUUCGGGGCCGAGCCCUUCGACCCUUUCAUUUGCGGUGGAGCCGACUUUCCCCCAGACGUCCAGUCGCGGCUGGAUGAGAUGCAGGAGGGGUUCAAAAUGGGACUAACAGUAGAGGGCACUGUUUUUUCCCUUGAUCCAGUCGACGGUCGCUGCUGAUGCCAAGAAGACAUUUCUUUGUUUCUUAACUGUUUGCCCAUUUGUAUGAAAGUGCCAACGUUUUGGGUCUACGGUCAAGUUGUCAGUGUUUUCACCAUGAAAUUUGUAUGUAUUUGUAUUUGGUAUCUGGUUUACAAACAGAAAGUAUAUUAAAAAGCAGAAUGCAAGAUGACUAUUUUUGUAUGAACUGUAACAUGUUCAUGGAGUUUGGUCAUGGAAGUGUGUGUGUGUGUGUGUGUGUGUGUGUGUGUGUGUGUGUGUGUGUGUGUGUGUGUGUGUGUGUGUGUGUGUGUGUGUGUGUG